UGAACUGUUUGGAGCCAUGAGGGUGAUACUGUUGGCUGUGGUUUACAUCCCAUUCACCGUGGCUGUGGAACGAGUCCCCCUUGUUCGUUUCAAAUCUAUCAAGAAACAGCUGAAGGAAAAGGGAGAAUUAGAGGAAUUUUGGAAGAAUCACCACCCCAGCAUUUUCGCCCAGAGAUACCUGCAUUGCUUCCCUGCAGAUAUUGCGUUAUCGGUAGGAACGGCUUCAGAACGGCUGUAUGAUUACAUGAAUGCACAGUACUACGGAGUUGUGAGUGUCGGCACACCACCGCAGAGGUUCACCGUCGUGUUUGACACCGGCUCCUCCAAUUUUUGGGUCCCUUCUGCUUAUUGCAUCAGUGACGCAUGCAGGGUGCACCAGAGAUUUAAGUCCUUUCUGUCAGAUUCGUAUGAGCAUGGAGGGGAAGCCUUCUCCUUGCAAUACGGCACGGGACAGCUUCUGGGCGUUGCUGGCAAAGACACACUGCAGAUAAGUAACAUCUCCAUCAAGGGACAGGACUUCGGCGAGUCGGUGUAUGAGCCAGGAACAACCUUUGCCCUUGCCCAAUUUGAUGGAGUACUGGGCUUGGGCUACCCCUCCUUAGCAGUGGGCAAUGCUCUGCCCGUGUUUGACAGCAUCAUGAACCAGCAGCUGGUAGAAGAGCCGGUCUUCUCUUUCUAUCUGAAAAGAGGAGAUGACACCGAGAACGGUGGUGAGUUGAUUCUAGGGGGGAUAGACCAUUCUCUCUACAAAGGUUCAAUCCACUGGGUCCCAGUCACUGAGAAAAGCUACUGGCAAAUACACCUGAACAAUAUAAAGAUCCAGGGCCGGGUGGCGUUUUGCUCCCACGGCUGUGAAGCCAUCGUUGACUCAGGCACUUCUCUUAUCACUGGCCCCUCUUCACAAAUCAGGCGAUUACAGGAGUAUAUUGGGGCAAGUCCAUCGCAUACUGGAGAGUUUCUUGUAGACUGCAGAAGACUGUCAAGCUCGCCCCACAUAAGUUUCACGAUUGGACAUCACGAGUACAAGCUGACAGCAGAGCAAUACAUCAUAAAGGAGUCUAUUGAAGACCAAACCUUCUGCAUGAGUGGCUUUCAGUCUCUUGACAUCACCACUCGCACUGGCCCACUCUGGAUUUUAGGAGAUGUCUUUAUGUCUGCAUUUUACUGCAUUUUUGACCGUGGGAAUGACAGAGUGGGAUUUGCAAAAGCUGUUCAUAGGAAGGAUUACUACUGAGUCAUAAUAGCGUUUUCUCUGCCUUAACCUGAAUGUUAAUGUAAUGAUCUUCCACACAUAAGUGAAGAAGAGCUUUAACUGAAACUCUAGACCUAAAUGCAGUCGUGUUGCUCCCCUCCAGGUUUUAAGGGCUUUGGAGUGGUCCUUGUCUCAAGUUACAUAGUUUGUGGUUCAAUCUCUAUAUGUUUACAAUUCAGAAACAGUUUUUCCUGAAUAACUGAUGGACACCACAGCUGCCAGGAUGAAGUGAAAACAGCUCAGUACUCAGAUUUGUGAAAGAGCAGGAGAGACUGCUGAACAGUGCCAGGCUGACAAGAUAGCAGUUACGAGUUGGGGAAAGUAAUCCGAGUCUAAUCUGGUCUGGAUAUCCUUUUUUCUUCUUGUGUGCUAGUUUCUAGCUCAUUUCCUACUGUUUCCCUUUUGCUCAUUAUUUUCCAUGGUUGGGGUUUUGUCCAACUUUGUUUCCUUAGUGCCAUGGAAAUUCUCUUUAUAUUGGGUUGUUCCAAUCAGUUUGUACAAAGAGAAAUUUGACUGAUGCCUGUGUGACCACUAAUUUCCACUACUGUUCCUUGCACACCAUUUUCUGCUGCUUACAUCAUAUCUCAGUCCUGCUUUUUCCCUUGGGUUCAUUCUCUCUUGACACUUUUCUAUUCCUCUUUUGGGUCUCAGUGUUUAACGUCUAUGACUUAGGUCAGAUGCUGCUUUACCUCAGCGGUGCGGGCAGCUGGAAGCAGCAUCUACUUGCAUUACAAAAUAUGAACUGCAGCCCUUGCAAAGGGAGAUGUAAAGGGAUACCGCAGCAUUCCUCCACCUCAGAUAAGUUAUGGGACCAAUGCACCAGCAUUAGACAUCUACUGCCCCCUGCUCAGCCGCUUCUUGUCAGCAGCAGCUGCAGCUUCAGUGCUGGCAGAGGAGUGAAACAGCCACAGGUAGCUGUGCUGAUCUGGCUAAGGAAGAUUCACCUAAAUUAUAACCACUGGCAUAUUUGUUUGCAUAGUUAAAGCUGAUACUGUCCCCGUACACAUAAAUAAAACUUAACCAAGUAAAACCUGC